AUGUGGUCACAGAUAUUUAUCGCCGCCACAGUUUGCCUGACUGCCAGCCUGGCUCUCUACAUUAACGAUCUGCUUCAGAAACGUAGGAGACUCAAUGGCCUACCUCAACCGCCAAUGCAGAAUUUGCUCAUAGGUCACCUUCACAUAGCAGAUCUUUGCAGGAGUCUUUUUCCUGAUGACAUACAUGUUCAUGCGUGGACAGACUUCGUACGAGAGAGAUGGAACCUUCCGGAGACCUUCUACGUUGACUGGCGUCCUUUCGCUCCUCUAUGGCUCUUCUCUGCAGAUCCCGAAUUAGUGGCCGAGUAUAUCAACGUCAAGCAGAAUUUGCCCAAGAGUCCCAUGGAGACGGGUUAUCUCGACAAAUUCUUGGGUAAGAAUAACAUGGUGGCACUCGAAGGAGAAAGAUGGAAGAGCCUGCGAUCGAUGUUCAAUCCUGGCUUCUCAGCAUCCAACAUCAUGACAUAUGCUGAUGCUAUUGUCGAAGCUAGCCUUAGGUUCAUGACUGUGCUGGAAGAGAAGGCUCGGAAAAACGAGCUGUUCGAGCUUGAGGAGUAUGCCACCAGAUUGACUAUCGACAUCAUCGGACUGGCGGUCUUCGAUCUUGAUAUGGAUGCUCAAAGAAAGCUCCAUCCCAUUGUUCACUAUUUUCGGGAAAGAGUGCUAAUGAUGCCUCCUGCUACUGCUAUCUAUCCGUGGCAAGCGGUGGAGCCUUUGAGGCCUUUACGCUUGUGGUGGAACUCGAGGAAGCUCGAUAGGGCUAUCCUAGAAGAGGUCAAUCACAAGAUCGUGCGGAGAGCGAAGGACAUACAAGACGAGGCCGGUGAUAAGAAGGGCUCGAAGAAGAAGUCGAUCAUUGACCUUGCGUUGAAUGCAUAUGAGAAGGAGAUCUCUAUGAGUGAUCCUUCUGGGCAGAUGAAACAGAUUACCAGUCCCAAAGACGUGCCGAAGAGCUUGGAAAGGGAUUUGAUCGACACUAUCAAGACGUUCUUCUUCGCAGGACACGACACUACAUCGUCUACCAUCAGCUAUGCAUACUACCUACUCCACAGAAACCCUGACGCAAGAAAAAAACUCGACGAAGAACUCAAUACCGUCUUCCCACCAGGAACAUCCGCCGCUGAAACUAUCCGAAAAGACCCAUACAUCAUCAACAAACUUGAAUACACCACGGCCGUCGUCAAAGAGACCCUACGCAUCUUCCCACCAGCAAGCACACUCCGCUGGAUCAGCCCCCAAGGAUCCGUCCAACACACCACGAUGGUCAAUCCUCGUACAGGGGAGCGUUUCCCCCUCGAAGGCGUACACAUCUGGCCUACAGCCUACAUGAUAGGUCGAAACAAGCGCUUCUUCCCACAACCACGACAGUUCAUUCCUGAGCGAUUCAUUCCUAUGCAGACCCCGUUUCCUGCCAGUGAGCUCUUCACGCCAGCUGGAAAGUAUGCAUUCCAGGCUUUCUCUGUCGGCCCAAGGAACUGUAUCGGACAGGAAUUGGCGAUGGUGGAAAGUAAGAUUAUCCUUGCGUUAACGGCGAGGGAGAUCGACUUUGUGCUGGAGUAUCCUGGCGAAGAGGCGGAUUUGCAACCACUUAUUCCGGAAAGUACUGCAGUGGAGUUUGGGAAGGAGUACGAGAAGGGUGUGAGAGAGGGAAGGAUCAAGAAGAAUGUGGUGGAGGGGCAUAGAGUCUAUCAGACGUUGAGUGGGAGUGCUAAGCCGAAUGGACAUUGUCCUGGGAGAGUCUAUUUGAGGACGCAGACGGCGUGA